UAUGUUUUUUGAUAAUUUAAAGAAAAGGAUAGUUUUAUAAGCCCCCAUAUAUGUAUGUAUGUUUAAAUAGAAAUAUAUAUAGAAACUGAUAAAAAAAAUCAAGUAAAUACAACAAAUAACAUUAUAACAAAUUGAUAAAGAUAAGCUACCAAUAGCUACUACCUACAAAUAAUGUUUUUGCCAAAGUUGACCAAAAUAAAAUUUGAGCAAUAUUUAGUAAUUCGGCAGUUGGCAAUUGUUAAAGACUAUAUACAAAAAAUCGGUUAAAACAUUUUUAACGGUUAUCUAUAAAAAGAGAAAAUAUAAAAACAAAGAAUUUGACAAAAAAGAGAGAGUGAAAUUAGAAAAUAAUAAUAAAAAAAAUAAACAAAUCUGUAACAAUUAAUAGAAAUUUAAUAAUAUAUAAUUCUAGUGGAAUAUUUAAUAAGAUAUAGAAAAAGAGCAAAGUUAAAUAUUAAUGUUUUUAAAACAUAAAUCAAAAUAUGUUUGUAAUAUUUAAAAUAAAAACUAUUAUAAAUCUAUUAUUAAUAUGGUGCUGGUGUCUGAGUUGUAAGGGCAUAAACUCCAGCGCGAUAAGCCCACAAUUUAAAGAUAAUAACAACAAUUUUUAUAAAGAUAACUGGGCCAAUAAUAACUUUAAUCUUCAUAAUAAUGCGAAAUUAGCGACACAAAGCCAUUUGGAGGAGACUAUAGUAACAGCUCAAGAUAUUGAAUAUACCACUCCCUAUGCUACACCUGGGGUAACCUGGGAUACGGAGGAGAAAUUACUGGAAAAUUCUUUGGUAAAAUUAAAAACUUCCAAUGAAGAGAAUAGCUGUUUAUUGGAUUCUUUAAAAAUGGCUCUAUUAUGGUGGUCUUACGGCAAUGGCACUUUGAGAGAAACAAAUUUGAGGGUCUUGACCAAGCAGCAACAAUUGGAUUUAUCUUAUCGUAAUAUUAGCAAAGACGAAGAGUUAAUGGAGUUAAUGCUGGCCUCUAACAAAGACAAAGAAAGUUUAAAUGUGGUGGCAGCCUCUUUAGCUUUUAAUAAUUUAACCAAUGUGCCCUAUAACACCUUGGAACUAAUGUCUAAUACCUUAAAGUAUCUUAGUUUAAAGGGUAAUCCCUUUCUGGAUAUAACCUCGGAAAUAGAAGAUCGUAAUUUACACUGUUUACUGCUAAAUGAGGAAGAUGAAUUAAAUUUACCAGAAAACCGUAAAUUAUUUACCAAAUCGCAGGAGGGUAUAGCCUGGGCCACUUUUCCCUAUAUGCCUCAACUAUUGGAAUUGGAUAUCAGUAAUUGUGAUAUAGAAUUUAUCAGUAAAAUGGCCUUUCAAAAUCUAACAAAUCUCAAAAAUCUUUAUAUAUCUUAUAAUAAAAUGUUAACCCUACAAUCGGAUACGUUCUAUUACACCCCCAAUUUGCAAGUAUUGGAUCUAUCGUUUACCAAUGUUUAUGACUCUUUCAUGAAUCAAUUGGUGGCUUCUCCCACUCUAGAAUCGGUGAUGAAACUGAUUUAUGGUGUUAAUAUACAACAAUAUACUUUUAAGUAUUUGCCCAACUUAGUAUAUCUGGAUCUAUCUCACACCAAAUUGACUCGAGGCAGUGCCAUAGCAUUUACUCAUUUGGGUCCUAAUCUUAAAUACUUAAGUUUGUGUUAUACCUCUUUUCCCGUGUUUGGCAAUGGCAUAUUUAAAAAUUCUUCCCUUAUAGGCCUGGAUUUAUCGGGUAAUACCCAUGCUGCCUUUAGCAUUACGGAAGAUGUAUUUGAGGAUUUAUCUAAAACUUUAUCGUAUUUAUAUUUUGAAAAGGCCAAUCUAAAAGAUCUUUCCUGGUUAAAGCAUUUACAUAACUUACGUUUCUUGGCCUUGGCGGGUAAUAAUAUCAACACCCUGACAUUUGAACACUUUCAAAAUCUCCAGCAGUUACAGGUUUUGGAUUUAACCUCUAAUCAAGUGGGCAAUUGGUAUAACCAGGUUUUUGUUAAUAAUACCAAUCUGCGUGUUUUAAGCCUAAAAGAUAAUAAUAUAAAUAUCAUCACCUCGGAAAUGUUAAAAGAUUUCAGCAACUUAAUUUACUUAAGUCUGGGCGAUAAUAACUUUAUCUGUGACUGCCUUUUAAGAGAUCUAGUAGAUAUAGCGGCCUCAAAUAAUAAACAAGCCAAAUGUCAGGGGAAUUUUUGGCAGGAUCUUCACAACACCCUUAAUAUUACCAGCAACGAUUUACAGUAUAUUUUAGAACAUUCUAAACUAUUUCUCAACACCAGUCUUCGGAAUCUGGAUGUUCAUUCGGUGGUAUGGUCGCAAAGUUAUGAAAAACUUAGACAAUCUGCAAGAAAAUUUAGCACGACUCAUAAAUUUAAAAGCAAACCUAAAAUGCGUUUUAUUCUCGAUGCCCUUAGAACUUUUAAUGCCUCCAAUAUUUGCCAUCAUUAUCACAAUACCACGGCCGACUAUGAUGCACGCCUAAAUGGCUCUUUAGUUAAAGUACAACUUUUAGACUAUGAGGAGGAGCACUAUUGGUGCUACAAUGAAACCGAGAAACAAACUUUGAUUAGACUUAAUUGUCAGAGAACUUCUUUGGUGGAGGAUAUAGUGGAAGAAUUGGAUUCCUUAACCACCUAUGUUAUGGCCAUUGUAGGCAGUUUAAUCGCCAUAACCGUCAUAUGCUUGCUGGUGUAUUGGAAACGUUGGCAUAUCUACUACUACUAUUCCUCGCUUAAAUCGGCCGCUCUACUUUCAUCCGUCUCCCAGGAAAAUAUCAACAAAUUUCAAAAUUUAUGUGAUCAACAGCCUCAUAUGAUUUAUGACAUCUUCAUUUCUUAUUGUCAAAGUGAUCGCGAUUGGAUUGUCCAGGAACUUAUGCCUAAUGUCGAAGACACUGGUGAUAUUUCUAUUUGCCUACACGAACGUGACUUUCAAAUUGGUGUUACCAUACUUGAUAAUAUAGUCUCCUGCAUGGAACGUUCCAAAGCUCUAAUGCUUAUUAUCUCUUCCAACUUUUUACUCAGUCACUGGUGUCAAUUUGAAAUGCAAUUAGCUCAACAUCGUAUAUUUGAUCUGAAUAAAGAUCAUUUGAUAUUAGUUUUUCUAGAGGAAAUACCACGCAGUAAAAGACCUAAAAAUCUGCAAUAUUUAAUGGAUGUUAAGACCUAUAUUAAAUGGCCAGGAGGUAAAGGUAAACGUCACAUACAACCGGAGGAGAGGAAAUUAUUUUGGAAACGUUUAAAACGCACUUUAAGGAAUAUUGGUUUGAAUGCUACAGAAUCUAGAGCGUAAAUGGAAGUAAUUAUUAUAAAAAGUAAAUAAUUUAAGUAAUUGUACCUGAUUGAUGUAAAUAAUAGAA